GACGCCAACCUUUGUCUGGAAUAUUUCGAACAGCAUCUGCAUUGAAAUCGCGGGAGGCUAUCGAGCAUUCUGAUAGGGCAGGGCGGUGCCCUGAUGAUGCUCAGAGGUCUCACGCGGUUUUCUAGUCGAGCAGUCAUCCUCCUUGCCUCCUCUCACCAACACACUUCUCGAGCUCGCCGAAUCAUGUCCUCCACUAGGUCCUAUGCCGACGCUGUCGACCAUCUCAAUUCUCUUCAGAGCAAUGCCGCCACCCUUGACGCCGUUCGUGCGUCUGGCGGUCGCUUGACUCAGUUUGCCAUUCCGGAGAUGCUUGAGUAUCUUGGCAGGAUAGGCUACACUCCGGAUGAGUUGAAUGCCUUGAAUGUCAUCCAUAUCACCGGUACGAAGGGCAAGGGGUCGACGUGUGCGUUCGCAGACUCGGUCCUUCGCCAUGUCAAGCCCGAAUGGAAAGUCGGACUCUACACCUCUCCCCAUCUGGUUGCUGUUCGUGAGCGUAUUCGCAUAAACGGCUCCCCCAUAUCCGAGGAAGACUUUGCACGCUUCUUCUUUGAAGUCUGGGACCGGCUCGACAAGAACGAUGUCCGCGCCAACCCCAUUACUCCUUCAAAGCCCAUGUACUUCCGCUUCGUGACUCUCGUCGCUUUCCACGCGUUCCUCUCUUUCAAAGUCGACGCGACGAUUCUCGAGGUCGGCGUCGGCGGCGCAUACGAUAGCACAAACAUCGUCCCGCGUCCCGUUGUCACGGGCGUAUCCGCGCUCGGCAUCGACCAUAUUGGCGUUCUCGGCAAGACAAUUCCCGAGAUAGCAUGGCAGAAGGCCGGAAUCUACAAGCCAAACGUGCCAGCGCUGACAGUCGAGCAACCGGAGGAAGGCAUGAAAGUGCUCGAGCAGCGCGCUGCCGAGCUUAAGACCUCCUCCUUUGAAGUCGUACAUCCGAUCCCCGCGCUUAGCACCAUCCAGCUCGGUCUCUCAGGUGCCCACCAGUACCAGAAUGCCGCACUAGCCGUACGCCUUGCGCAAAAGUUCCUCUCCGUGCAUGCGAACAUUCCGCCACCGCCCGCAGACGAGCUGCCGGAGACAUACGUCAAGGCGCUUGAGGCGGCCCGAUGGCCUGGUCGCUGCCAGACCGUGCAGGAUCCGGCGCAUGCAGGGACAACGUGGUUCCUGGACGGCGCGCACACCCUCGAGAGUCUCGACUGCUGUGUCCGCUGGUUCGUCUCGCCCACUGCGACACUCCGGACGUCGCUCGCUGGGCAACCGCGGCGUGUGCUUAUCUUCAACUGCACGGCAGGGCGCACGGGCGCGAGCUUCCUGGGUGCAAUGCUCGACGGUAUCGAAAAACUCCUCAAGGAGCAUGGAAAAGAUGGCGAGAGCAAGGAGACGUUCUUUGACCAAGUCGCAUUUUGCACGAACGUGACGUAUGCGAGUGGAAACUACAAGGGCGACCUUACGAGCAAAAAUGUUCACGAGCAUGAUAUUGCGGCGCUCACGACGCAGAACGAACUUGCCGAUGCAUGGCGUACUCUGUUACCGUCCUUCCCCGCUGAGUGUCUGCACGUUCUCCCAUCCGUUGAGCACGCCGUGAACGCUGCCCGGCAGGGGCCCGGGCCCGUCGAUGUCCUCGUCGCGGGCAGCCUCCAUCUCGUAGGUGGUGUUAUCGAGGUGGCAGAUUUGAAGGAUGUAGCGCUGUAACCGUGCGUCUCGCUUGACGUUUGAAGCUUACAGUCUUCCCUGGUUAUUCGCGGGCUCGCUACCGUAGAUUUUCCAUUUUCGCCUCCAAUAUCUACUCGAACACUCCUAGAUUAGGCCUUCUCAACAAGGCGACACACCCUUCAACAGGUACAAAGCAUGCCGACGUAAUAAAUAGUAAUGUAUCCUAGUAUUAUCGCACCAAUAGGUAUUCAACUAGCGGAAUCCAGUAUGCCAUCCUUUAGUUCGUAGUGAUGUCGAUCCAGCGGAACUUGAGUUCACUCAACGACGACUGCGCCGUGUCUUCGCCCUCCCAACAGUGUCCCCAUAAAAGUGGAUAGCCUGUGCGUCCAAAAAGUCGCGCACCCGCAGGCGAAAACGCCCCGACACGUCCUUCUCCUGAUCCCCGCACUCCCCAUCACUGGUAUUCUCGUCCGCUCUCUUCUUUCCUUUGCCCUUGCCCCUGCCUUCGGGCUUGGUGGGUGCGGCCCGUGUGGGCGAAGUGUCGAGAUCGGCCGCAAGCGCGAGGAACGUUGCGAACGGGACGGGCUCGUAGCGCAGGAUCUUGGCGUAUAGCUGUGCAUCGGCGACGAUACGCGCGUGCAAGGCGGCGUGCAACGCGUCGUCGCUGAGCUCUCCGCAUCUCCCGCCAUUCUUAUCGCUCUCGCUCCCACUUUCUUCGAAGGCACGCUUGGAGGUCUUCUUGGACUUGCCCUUGCGCUUCGGCUUUGGCGAAAGAGCCGGGUCCUUGCUGGUUCUGCGACGCGAGGCGGGUGUACGAGCGGCAGAUUGUGUACAGAUAGGUGCGUCCUCCGAGGAGGGUAGACUGGAAGCGUCACUGGGUAGGUUGUCGGGGUCGUAGUGUAUCACAGCAUCAUCUCGCACGUUCUCCCAUUCAUCAUUAUAGUCGUAUUCACACUCUUCGUGUCGUAUAUCGUCCCAGUUGUCAACAUCAUCUGGCGGAACGUCACGGAGAGAGCCAGACGGGCUCUGCAUCCUCGAACGUCCUGUGUUUGCGUUUGAGCUAUGUAUACCCUGC